AUGGCUGAGGUUGGAGGAUUUGGAGGGAAGGUAGAACAGCUGCAUUUCAAGAAUGAUGUGAAGUCACCUGUCCCUGAUCAGCCUGGUAAAAUAUUCUCAAAGCAGAUUAUAGUCCAUUUUGACCUCAAGGGAGCCCCACCAAAAGUGGACUUCAUCAUCAAUGUUCUUCAGUUGAGUAAAAGUCUUGGUGCUACUGGUAUUCUCAUGGAGUGGGAGGACAUGUUCCCUUAUGAAGGAGAAUUGAAAUCUGUGUCAGCGCCCAAUCAUUACAGUCUGGAGGAAGUUAAUACAAUCCUGGAAGCUGCAACUCGUCUCGGCCUGACAAUCAUUCCAUUGGUGCAGACCUUUGGUCAUGUGGAGUUUGCCUUGAAGUUGGAAAGGUUUGCUGCUUUGAGAGAGUUGCCUAAGGACCCACAAGCCCUGUGUCCUUCAAAGAAAGACUCCUUGAAACUUAUCAUGGAAGUUAUUGAUCAAACAAUGAAAGUUCAUGCCAAGUACAACCCAACCCAUUUGCAUAUUGGCUGUGAUGAAGUGUUUCACAUGGGUGAAUGCCCUGUUUGUCGUCAGAAAUCCAGGAAUGACCUUUUCCUGUCGCAUGUGAAGUUUGUUGCUGAAUAUGUUGUGAACAAACAUUCUGUGAUUCCCAUUAUCUGGGAUGAUAUGCUUAGACAGAUGUCUCCCAUAGAUUUUGAGGCUUAUAAACUUGGAGAUUUGGUCGAGCCAAUGGUGUGGGUGUAUGCUGAAGAUGUAUACAGGUUUGUCCCUCCAACUACUUGGGAUGUUUAUGCACAAGCCUUUAAGAAUGUCUGGGGUGCAAGUACAUUCAAAGGAGCCUUUGGAGAGACUCUAGUUGUUCCACCAUUACGAAGACAUCUUGAUAAUAACCUGAUGUGGCUUGACGUCUUCCAUGGAGAGUCUCCUAAGUUUCAUGAGUUCAAGGGUAUUGUAUUGACAGGAUGGCAGCGAUACGACCACUUUGCAGUUCUAUGUGAACUUCUUCCAGCUGGAAUUCCAUCUUUGGCACUCAGCUUGUUAGCACUCACAUCAGGGAAGAGAGAUCGCAGCUUGAUUGAAAAAACCAAGCAAGCCUUGAGCUGUGCUUCUCCAUCUGUAUCUGAUCAUUUUUCCUUGGAAAGAUUUCCUGGCCAUGAAUUCUACAAAGCCACCAGGCGGUUGAAGUCCCUGGAAGAUUCAUAUGAGCUUCAGAUGUCACAGCUGCGCAAGAAGGGCUGGUACACUGAUUACAAUCUACGAAACAACUUUACUGCACCCAUGCGGAUAAAUGAAGUGAAGUGGCAAGUGGACUCUUUGGUCAGUGAAGUCGAAGGGACAGCACAAAUUUUGCACAGCACUCUGAGUCUGUAUUUUGAUAGUCAUACGGUGGGAGAAUAUCUUGAACAGAAGGUUUAUGCACUCUCCUCUGGAGAAUUAUCAUUAGAGAAAUAUGUGGAGGAUCUAGGAAGCGAAUUGUCAAAUCCUGAUGUGGCAGUGAGAGUACAAGGAUUGGAGAAGCUAUCAGGGACUCUGCUUGAGCUGGGCAGGAUGAAGGAGAUGGGUACAAGUUUUGUCCUGGGCUUUGUUCAAGCCAUGGAUGGGGAGAGAGAACCAGGUUGUCUUCUCUGUGCAUUCUCUGUGUUCCCUGUUGUAGCUGCUUCUAUUGAUGCUAAAGAACUCACAGAGGACCUCUUUGAAGUGGUUGCCUGUUACUUUCCUGUCGAUUUCACUCCAAAUGCUUGCUGUCAGAGGUACUCCAAUCAAGAUCUUUGGGGUCAUGGGGAAGAAAUAUGGCUUAUCUUGCAGAAAAUCCUUUUCACAUCUCCAGAUGGUGAUUUAACAGAAGCUACAUUGGCUAUGGUCCCAGCCCUGAUAAAGGCCUUGUGUCGAUCCCCCUUGGAGGGGAACCCAAGUCCUAUAUUUGACAAGAUCCUCUCAGAGACUGAAUUCCCAAGCAAAGCCUAUUCAUUCCUCCUGCUGUGCCUUCAAAAGAAACCUGAUAUAGGUGCUGCUGCAUUAAAAGCCUUGAAGGAGCUUAUCACUUGUUUGAAUGAUGUUCAAACUAUUGGAACACUUGCUGAACAUAUAUCUAUGAUGCUCCAGACUGAGAACUCUAAUAUCAUGAUAGAGGAGGUAUGUGCUUGUCUGGAGAAGAUUGCUCAGAAGAAUGUGAAAUGCAUCAACGACAUCAUCCUCCCCUCUCUUAUGACACAACUACAGUUAACUUCAGGUGAUGGGGCAGAAGGGACAAAGUUAGGAAAACUUUUGGCUGCUUGUUGCAUGGAGAAGGAUCCUGCAAAGAUGGCAUUCCCUAUACUGUCCUCAAAUGUGUGCUCUUCCAUCAUGCACCUCAGUGAAUGUGGCACAAGUAUGUCACUCUGUUCCCACCUCCUUGCUGUCAUGGAAGACAUGUGCCUGUCGCUUGCCGAUUCGAAUACGUCUCAACUACUGUCUGACUUUGAUGUCAUGGAGUGCAUCCUCUCAUCUUUCUUUGCUAUUUGUGAGAAACAAAUCCCAAAGGAAGAAGUGUUGGUGAAAGGAGGAGACUGCAUAAGAGCCUGCAUGCUUCUAUAUCCGUCAGGGAAACUGGAGAUAAUGUUGAGUGGCCUUGUGAGUUUGAUCCUAGAGGGACAUUCCAAUGGCUCCUUGUCAUGGUUGAAUGAAGGUUCAUCAAAUGUUUUCCCUCUGAAAAGUUCUGAACAAGCUCUUGCUGUGUUGCUUGUUAUGGAACCACUUUUGUGCCACUCAUUGCUCAUCAAAAUCUUGAAGUCUGUGGAACAGUUUAACAACCUUGUGGACAUCAUUUGUCAGCUUUCAUUCACUUCUUCAGUCUCACUUUUGGAAAAUCCGAGUCCUAGGAUUCUUGCCUGCAUCCUCAACAAGUCACCUGCAGAUUAUCUCCAAAGGGCAUUAACAGUGGUUGAAUCCAAGGCAAAAGAUGGUAUGAACUCCUGUGAGACAUUAGAUAGAAGAAAGAAGAGUCUGAACUUGUGGUGUUGGACAACAGUUGCAAUCUCUCUUCGAUCUCAUGGAGAAGCAUCUUCUCAAUGGCUCUCUCAACUGAUAGAGGUGUUGGAUGAUAGAGAACUGGGCAGCGAAGCAGCAGGGAAAUUCUCUCUUUUUAGAAAUAUCAGGACCAAGUAUCUGAACCAAGAGAAUGGGGCAAUUGUGAGUCCCCUACACAAGCAAAGGAUAUUUGUUACUGUCCUUCCCCAUCUUGUUUCUGGGGUCCAAGAGAGGCAGAGUCUGAAUCAUCUCUCUGCAUUAUCAUGCCUCAUAGAAGGUGUCCCCUCACAAGUAAUAACUCAGCAUCGGGAACAGGUAACCAGUUGCCUCGUUCAAGCUUUGAAAAUGCUACCUGAAGGGGACACGCUCUUAUGCCUGAAUGCAUUGGGGCUUAUCCUGGGUGACUCUGCUGAGGCCAUCCUACCAUAUAUCUCAGACACAGUUCCACUGUUAUUGAAGCUUGCCAGCUUUCUGCCUUCAAUGCAAGUGCGGAUGGGUGCCCUGAAAUGCUUGCAUUCCAUUACUUCUUUGGAGACUCUUGAAACACUCCAGCUCAAAAGUCAGGUGCUGAAAGACCUGGCACCCUGCUUGGACGACAAGAAACGACUCGUCCGAAGAGAAGCUGCAAAUGCACGCUGUCGAUGGUUUCUCCUUGGAUUCCCGUCUUCCAAGGCCCCAUGGGGACAUGGAGCAUCAGUGUGUCUGUUUGUUUAUGUGGGCUUGUUUCAAGAGAAGGGUAAGGGUCAAUACUAG